AUGACUCAACGAGUUGAGAAUGCCUGGGAUACACUUCGCACAACAAAGAACACAGUCCUUCAAGCCGACAAGUCAAGAGGAUUACUUGGGACUGCCGUAUACUAUGGCCGCCAAACGGUCCGACUGCUAUUCUUGAAUGGCCCUUCCACCGAACAGCCCGAGCGGAAAUUGAACAAACAUGUUACAGCAGCAGUGGAGGAGCUAAAAACAGCCGCAGACGAAGACCAAGACCCGGAUGCGAUAUUUUUGUUAGCAGAGAUGAACUUCUAUGGCAACUUCUCCUAUCCCCGCGACUUCAAAGAGGCCUUCCGCCGGUACCAUGAGCUGGCAUGGCUGGACGGGAAUAACACAGCGCAGAACAUGGUCGGGUUCAUGUAUGCGACGGGGAUCGGCGGUGCGGUCGAACCCGACCAGGCAAAGGCCCUAAUGUACCAUGAGUUUGCAGCGGAAGCAGGGAACAUCCGCUCGGAGAUGACACUUGCAUAUCGGUACCACACUGGCAUUGGAACACCGAAGGAUUGUGACCACGCGAUCCAUUACUACAAGAAGGUUGCGGACAAGACGAUCGAGUACUACCGCUCAGGCCCUCCGGGUGGUAGGGCUUUGGUUCGAGAAUCUUAUCGUUGGGCAGAUGAAGAAGGUGGUGUAUACGGCCCAGGAGCCAGUGUGUCGAGCUCGGGUCAAAAUGCGCGGGACUCUGCCAAUGCCACCCCUGAGGCCAGCGUGGAAGAUAUCCUAGAGUACUUGGACCUCAUGUCCCGAAAGGGCGAGCUAAAAGCUACGUACACCCUCGGUAAGAUGAACUACGAGGGCGCCCGGGGCUUGCCGCGGAAUUUCCGACGGGCUAUGAGGUAUUUCAAGGUUGUUACUAAGAAAUAUUGGAACAAAGAUGGGUCCGUCAACUCAAACCCUCCUGCAGGCCUUGAUAAACUGGCAUCCAAGGCCGCAGGACAUAUCGGUCUGAUGUACCUCCGCGGAGAGGGGGUUGAGCAACACUACCCGACUGCCCUCACAUGGUUCCGACGGGGUAUUGCGAACGGCGACUCUCUCUGCCAGCAUUGGAUGGGUCUAAUGUAUCUCAAGGGCUAUGGGGUUCCACAGGAUGGCUUCAAGGCAUCUCACUACUUCAAAGCAGCGGCAGAGCAGGAUUCUCCGGCAUCAGAAUCACGAUUGGGUGCUCUUUUCUUGGAUCAAGGAGACGUGGCAAGCGCAACACGUUACUUUGAGCUUGCAGCCCGCUGGGGGUGGAUGGAGGCAUACUACUACCUAGCGGAAAUGGCCAACUUCGGUAUUGGGAGACAGCGGCACUGUGGCGUUGCCGCUGCCUACUACAAAAUGGUUGCCGAAAAGGCAGAGAUUGUCCAUUCAGCCUUCGCAGAGGCAAAUACUGCUUACGAAUCUGGUGACAAGGAGGGCGCUCUCAUCCCAUCGAUGAUGGCAGCAGAGCAGGGUUAUGAGAAUGCACAGGCGAAUGUGGCUUAUCUGCUUGAUGAGCAUCGCUCUGUGCUCUCGCUCAGUUCCAUUAUUCCGUGGGCGGAGAAGGCUCGCUCCUCCUUGAUGCACAAUGCGAGACUCGCGUUGAUUUACUGGACCCGCUCUUCGAAGCAAGCUAACAUCGACUCUUUGGUCAAGAUGGGUGACUACUACCUGUCUGGCACGGGCACACCUGUCGAUGCGGAAAAGGCCUCGAUCUGUUACCACAAUGCCGCUGAAGCCCACCACAGUGCACAGGGCUACUGGAAUCUGGGCUGGAUGCAUGAGAAUGGCGUGGCAGUGGAUCAGGAUUUCCACAUGGCCAAGCGGUAUUAUGACCUGGCUCUCGAUCUCAGCCCCGAGGCGUAUCUGCCAGUCAAGCUCAGCUUGAUCAAACUCCGAAUUCGAGGAUACUGGAAUCGCUUCACCAACGGAGAUAUUAACCCCAUCCGCGAGGAGGAAGACUCGAAGCCCCGUCGUACCUUCAAGGAAUGGGUCAAGGCUUUCAUCGAGAACGACGAAGAGGGCUAUUAUGAAGACCUUUACGAACAACAACGAGAGGAUGAUGAAUAUCGUGGCUUGGAGUCUGAAGGGCACGAGGACGGCUACUAUGAUGACCUGGACCUGGAUAUCGACGAGGGAAUGCUCGAGGGUCUCCUCAUUGUCGGAUUGGCUGCUACGCUGUUGAUUUUGGUUUAUUUCCGUCAGCAGCAGCAGCGCAACCGACAGAAUGAGAACGCUAAUCCCAAUGCCCAGAAUGGAAAUGGGAACGCCAACGAUCGUGGGGUAUUCCCUCGACCUGGCGACCCUGAAUUCGGGCAAUGGGUAGCAGGAGGAAUUGGUCAUUGA